CUUCGGCACCAUGUCCGGCUCCGGCAGGAAAGACUUCGACGUGAAGCACAUCCUGCGCCUCCGCUGGAAACUGUUCAGCCACCCCUCGCCGGCGGGCGGCCCGGCGGGGGGAGGCUGCCUGCCGCCCGACAGCAGCUUCGAGCACUGGGGGCCGAGCCAGAGCCGCCUGCUGAAGAGCCAGGAGAGGGGCAGCAGCGCCUUCUGGAAGAAAUCCCCCUCCUCAACCUCUUCCACCGCCGCCGGGCCGCCCAACGGGACGCCGCGGCCGGGCGGGGGGCACGGGCCGGGGCCGGGUCCUCCUCCUCCACCGCCCCGCACCGUCUUCUACGUGGAGUCCCUGGAGGAGGAAGAGGAGGAGGAGGCGGAGGCGGCGCCCGGCGGGAUGGAGGUCGCCCGGGAGCCCGAGAAGCCCCCGGCGCCGGCCGAGCGGGAGGAGGCGCCGGGGAGAUGCGCGGAUGGCGGCAGCCGGGCAACAGGUGACGGAGGAGGGCGCAGACUGUCAGCAGCCAGCCAUCCCCUGUCACCUCACUGUGACAUGGAUUCGAGUAGUUCUGAGGAAUUCUACCAGGCUGUUCACCAUGCUGAGCAAACCUUCAGAAAGAUGGAGAGCUACCUGAAGCAACAGCAGCUCUGUGACGUUAUUCUGAUUGCUGGGAAUCGCAAGAUACCUGCACACAGACUUGUCCUCAGUUCUGUCUCUGACUACUUUGCUGCCAUGUUCACAAGUGAUGUUUGUGAAGCCAAGCAAGAAGAGAUCAAAAUGGAAGGCAUAGACCCCAAUGCACUGUGGGAUCUUGUUCAGUUUGCGUAUACAGGCUGCCUGGAGCUGAAAGAGGACACUAUUGAAAAUCUUCUGGCAGCUGCCUGCCUCCUCCAACUCCCCCAGGUAGUAGAGGUUUGCUGCCAUUUUCUAAUGAAGCUUUUGCACCCAUCCAACUGUUUGGGAAUACGAGCAUUUGCUGAUGCACAAGGAUGCACAGAGCUAAUGAAGGUGGCUCACAACUACACAAUGGAGAAUAUAAUGGAAGUUAUAAGAAAUCAAGAAUUUUUACUUCUACCAGCUGAAGAACUUCAUAAACUUCUUGCUAGCGAUGAUGUGAAUGUUCCUGAUGAAGAGACCAUUUUCCAUGCCUUAAUGAUGUGGGUGAAGUAUGAUAUGCAGAGGCGAUGCAGUGACCUAAGUAUGCUGCUUGCUUAUGUAAGAUUACCACUGCUUCCACCUCAGAUACUGGCUGACCUAGAAAACCAUGCACUUUUUAAGGAUGACCUAGAAUGCCAGAAGCUUAUUCUGGAAGCCAUGAAAUACCAUCUUUUACCAGAGAGAAGAACUCUCAUGCAAAGUCCAAGAACGAAACCUAGAAAAUCUACAGUUGGCACACUUUAUGCUGUUGGAGGAAUGGAUAACAACAAAGGUGCUACAACUAUUGAAAAAUAUGAUCUCAGAACAAAUAUAUGGAUCCAGGCUGGAGUGAUGAAUGGCAGGAGGCUUCAGUUUGGUGUUGCUGUCAUUGAUGACAAGCUGUUUGUCAUUGGAGGCCGGGAUGGUUUAAAGACGUUAAACACCGUCGAAUGUUACAAUCCAAAGACAAAGGCUUGGACUGUGUUACCACCAAUGUCAACACAUAGGCAUGGUUUAGGAGUUACAGUUCUUGAAGGGCCUAUUUAUGCAGUAGGAGGCCAUGAUGGUUGGAGCUAUUUGAAUACAGUUGAGAGGUGGGACCCUCAAAGUCAGCAGUGGACAUUUGUGGCAAGUAUGUCAAUUGCCAGAAGCACUGUUGGAGUAGCAGCGUUAAAUGGCAAGUUAUAUUCAGUUGGAGGUCGGGAUGGAAGUUCAUGUUUGAGUUCAAUGGAAUACUAUGACCCUCACACAAAUAAAUGGAAUAUGUGUGCUCCAAUGUGUAAGAGAAGAGGAGGUGUAGGAGUGGCUACAUGUGAUGGAUUUCUUUAUGCAGUUGGAGGUCAUGAUGCUCCUGCUUCUAACCACUGCUCCCGACUGCUGGACUAUGUAGAAAGAUAUGAUCCAAAAACAGAUACAUGGACAAUGGUGGCUCCACUGAGUAUGCCUCGAGAUGCUGUUGGUGUCUGUCUACUUGGUGACAAAUUAUAUGCAGUAGGUGGAUAUGAUGGUCAAACAUACCUGAACACUAUGGAAGCCUAUGACCCUCAAACUAAUGAAUGGAUGCAGAUGGCUUCCCUAAAUAUUGGAAGAGCUGGUGCCUGUGUUGUAGUCAUCAAGCAACCAUGACUUUGUGAGCACUGCUUAGGAUUUUACUAACUGUGAAAUGAUUAUUUUUCUAUCAGACAACAAGAAUGAUAACGUCAUGAGAACAAGGAUUUACACAUUGAAAGCUCUGUUGAUCACAGACAUGAAGAAGUUUGAAAGUGAGGAAGAUUAAGGAUUUAUGCCCUAUAAAAUCACAAAUACUAUUUAUAUUCUGAGAAGAAGAAAAAAAAAUCAGACUGUCGUAGGUGUAAAUACACAAGCGUGCAGUAGUAAGUUCUGUACUGUUCUCACAAAUGUGUCUUGGAGAACUGGAUAAUCAAUACCAUCAAGGGACAGCUCUAGACAAGAAGCAGGAGGAAAUACAUGGACAGUUUUCAUGGCUGAAACAGUUUUAACAGCAGAAACAUCAAAGUACAUCUAAUCACUUUUAAACUGUGUUUUUGAAAGAGAAAAGUAGAUAAUAUAAUAUUUCAUGUCUUUUCUUCAAGUGGGUUAUGGCCUUCUCAUCUACACCGUUAUGUAAAAAUUAGUUCUUACUAAAGAUAAAAAAACUAGAUAUUCAACAUUCGUUCAUAAUGAUUAAGCUGUUGCUCUACAGUAGGAAGAAAAAAGAAAAAAAGAAAAAUACUCCAAGAUGACUUUUUUUUUUUUUUAAGUUCAGAUUGUACCUCUUAUAAGUGAGUCUACUGAACGGGAAGCCAGAGUGUUUAAUCUGAUUACACACAAAUCAAGUCUUCGGCUGUCACAGAGCUUUAUUGAAAAAGUGGGGGUCAAAAGGGCAGUUUCCUAACUUUUAAUUACUUUUAUAUUCAUUUUAAGCAUGUGGGCUCUAAUCUUAUUGUUUAAUGCAUCUUCUGCAUGUUAGAAACUCAUGAAGGAAUGGAAAACUGCUACUGUUCCUACAUUGCCUCAUGUAACAUGUCAGGCAUGACCAGAAGACUAUACAGCCUCUUCUAGUUUAAAAUGACAGGUCCUCAUCACAUUUCAAAAGAGAUAAAAAAAUACAACAUUUUAUUUCUUUCUGACACUCAUACACAAUGCUGCCUGAUGAAAGUGGCUAAUUUAUCACUUUUCACUUUCCACUGAGAAUAACUACAAAUAGGGAAUUGAGAAUAUAUGCAAAUGGAAUAAGGCAAAAUUAUACCAUCCAAUCUAAUAAACUUCAUAGAGUAAAUAUACUAAUGUCAUCUGUGCUUCCCUUUAUGGUUGAUCAUUUCUGGCAGCAAUGAUUCUUUGAGCUUUUGCCUUGACAGUAGGUUUAACAUUGGCAUUUUCUAUCUGCUCAGCUGAAUCAGUUUAAAUGAAAUUAUGCUAUUCUGGGAGGCACAAAAUCUGGGAAUAGGACUACCAAGUACUCCUCUUCUUUAAAGCCUUGCUCAUACAUUAGAAAACAUUUCGUAGUCAAAAUGUGCAAAUCUCAUUGUCCUCUGUCUAUCAAUUUUGGGAACGAACUGCUGUUACAAUUUUUCCUAGUGGAAAACUUUGAAGCCAGUUGAGAUGGAAAAAUAUAUACAGACUCCUACUUUGGACAUUUGAUUUGAAGAUAUAUCUGUCCUUUUAACAGCAUUAACUUGCGUAGAGAUCUUUGUUUCCUGACACAAACUGAACAUCAGUUCUGAAGCCUAAGUAAUCCAAUUUAAAUCUUUUAAUAUAGUUCUCUGUACUAAUUAGAAAUCAGAUGUAAAUUCUUUAAUGUUGUUUUUCCACAACCUGUUGGCUUUUGAAUUACAAAUUUAGUGUUCUUCAGACAAACAUGUCAAUUUUCUCCCCAUUGUAACACCUUGUUUAAUAACGUUGCCUCUUUACAAAUUUUGCUUCUCAUAAACAUAACCUUCUGAGACCAAACCAUGAAGCUUCUAGAAUUAUAAUUGCAAUUAAAUGUAGACAUUAGUAUGCCGUUCUCCUACACAGAUACCUAAUUAACUUAAAAAUUUAAUUUUAAUCCUAUUCCCACAACUUUCUUUUGAUUACAUUAUAUUCAUACACAAUACGAAUAUGCUUUCUCUACACAUAUACUGACCUUCAAAAAAGAAUUCUAAUAGUUGCAAUCUAUGAUAGAUAUUUUUUCUCUUCUUUGAUCAUUUUUAUUCUGUUUACAGUUUUUUCUCCCAAUAUUCAUAUGCCCAUUUUCAAUUUUCCUUUAUUCUUUUUCUGAAAUGUAACAUUAUUCUCAUGUGAAGUUUUUUAGAUUAGUCCACUUCUAUUAUCUGAAAUAAUGCUGAAAUGAUAAAAUUAAUAAUUUAUUAUUUAAAUCUAGAUAGAAUAAGAUCAAAAUUUGACUUUCAGGUCCUUUUUAUAGGCCCUUAUGUAGUCGACUUUCUCCUAAAGAGAAUUUAGGGAGAAGUGGUUUUUGUUGUUGUUUGUUUGGUGUUUGUUUGUUUGUUCUUUUUUGUUUGUUUGUUUGAUAAUUUUUUCUUGCCAUUGUGCUUACUCUGCUCUUAUUAAAACAACAAUAUUUUUACCUGUGACUCCCAAGGGAGUCCCCUUGUGACUUAAAUCAGAACAGUAUAAAACCUUAAUCUUGGAUUAUGUGACCAACAAGAUACCUUUUUUAUGUACACAUUAAAAUCAGUUGUGAUACACUGUCUUUUGCUAAAUGGUAUUACAUAUGCAGGAAAAGCAUAUGUAAUGUCUUUUCAAAUGCUGGAUUGUCUCAUCUAGCUUGGUACUUUGCUCUCAGAUGAACCCUUUAAUUUCAGUGUGAAAAAUACAACAAAAUCAGAUCUCCAACAGAAAUUAAUUGCAGUGAAAUCAAUAAUUAAAUUCCUCAAAAUGCUUCAAAAUGCUUCUUGGAAAUUUUAUGGUUUAAUGUUCUAAGUAUAUUCUAAAAUGUUAUUAUUUUCUCUUGCUUUUCAAUUUUAUUCAUUGUAGCAUGCUUUAAUUUCUAGAAAGUCAGCUAGCUUUAUCAUGCUGUCUUCAUUUUGCAUUAGCUUGUUUUUAUACACAGGGAUUAUAUCCAUUUUUUUCAUACUGUUCAUACUGCCCAAUCUCAAAUAUGAACAUCUUUAUAUUAAUCAAACAUACGUUAAAAUAAGGUCCUGAGUGGCUGCUGAGAAGUCUUAUAUUUCUUUGUUCUUCGUGUCUAAAAAUCCUUUUCCUUUAUUUAUUUAUUUUUUAAUUAUUUAUUAGAUAUUUAUUAUUUUCCUCCUUACUACUACUGGUUUUGAGACAGAAGGGAGGUCAAAGACCUGAAAUACUUUCUAGCUUUGGUUGAGUCUGUUUUUAUAUGAAGAGAUAGAAAACAAUAUUGAGAGAAGGUAUGUCAGAGGAUUUGUAUUUAAAAGACAGCUACAAAAGAUGAUACUGUAAGCUUUGAAAUGUUUGCAGAAACAAUACCUAUAUAUAUAUACAUCUCUCUCUUUAUAUAUAUACACAUAUAUGUGGGUUUCACAAAAGAGGGAAUAAGCUGUGGUCAUGUCAUUAAUGUUAAUUAAUAUAUUAUUUAAAUCAUAGAAGAAAUUUUAUUUUUGCAUGGUUUUGAUUGACUGUUAAGCUAAACAAAAUCAAGGAAAAAUACAAUAAUGUUAUCCCUGUUAUCAAUUAGUCUUCCUGAUUUACUUAGUCUCAAAAUUAUAGAUAGUUGAAUUCCAAUAAUAUAAUUUUUCUAGAAAGCCUAGAAUAUAAUUAUCUAAAUGUUUCCUAGCAAAUCAUCAAGCAAAAUAAGUAAGUCUAUUUUCAUGACUUCGAGAACACUAUUUUUUUGUUUGUUUGUUUGUUAUCAAUAUAGCAAUGCUAAAGAAAUAUUUUGCAGAAGAAAAACUAAUAUUGUGAUCCUCUAUUGCUUAUAGAACUAUAUGACCUUGCAGUUUUGGACCUUUCAUUUAAGUUUUUAUUUUUGACAGUGGUGGAUGCUAGAUGUAAAAACAGAAAGAAAAAGAAAAAAAAUAAUUAAAUAAUUUAGCAGUCAUUACUUUGAGGACCUCUCAUUACGGGGUAUUUGAGGUUCAAUUUUCUUGCAGAUUUGCGCAUUGGAAUCAAAGUGACAAGCAAGGCAAUAAAAAUGUAUGCAGGGAGCAAUAUUUUGAACUUACUUUUAAUCAUAAAUAUGUGAUUCAUAUCUGUUUCUAUGUUCUUAUGAUCAAAAGACUAAUAUAAUUUAAAAGCAAAAGUAAACCUAACAAAUAAAACAACAACAGUGUUUUUCAUUCAAGAUAGACAUAUAAACAUAUAUGAAGUCUGUCAAAUAAUUAAAGCACUUCAAGGAGGUUUUAAGGAUGUUACCCAUCUCAUAAUGUUACUUUGAUAAGCUAGCAUUAAUUGACAUAAGGGAACCAUUAUGACAGAGUCCAAAAAAGUUAUUUUCUUGAGCAUCAUUCUAUUCUACAGAGAACUGACAUUAAAUGGUCAUUACUUAUAGCAGUGUUCAUGUUAAAAUGCAUCUAGAAACUGCUAUAUUCAUUAUUUAGAUUGUUCUAUAUAUUUAGAAGGUCCAAACAGAUAUGUAUAUAUAGACAAGUCCAAAUGUCUUCAGUAAAAAUAACUCACAAAUGAGUUUGAACUUACUCAAAUUUAAUGGCUCAGAACUUGAUGUCCAUGAAGUAGAGGCACUGUGCACUCUGAUUACCAUGAAGUACAGGUUAUCCAUAACAGAUUUCACACCUAUUAGGGUGUUCACAAUGGACUGAGCAUAAUAAAAUAUACUCUGUUAUCUGAGAUUUUGCAUGAAGUAUUUCAUUGUGAAUAAAUAGAGAAGACAUUUCUGUAAAGGCUUAAAAAAAAGCUCUUGUAACUAUUAUCAAAUGGCAGUAUUAACAUUACAUGAGUAAUUCUGUAAUAUAGUAAGAAAUUUAGACAUUUGACUCUGCAUAUAUGGGAUUUCAUGAUACCUGAACUAUUUACCUAUAUCAAAUUCACAUCUUGUAAGAGGAUGUUUUUGUUGUUGUUGUUUAAUUUUUAAUUAUUUUUAUUUAUUUGUGUGUGUGUGUGUUUGUGUGUUCAAAAUCCACCUGCACUUUGGCCGUAUGUACAAUAAAUAACUGUUCCUACUUUCUUACUCUUAUCCCUUCCCCACCCCUCAUUUAUUUUAUGCUACAGAGGCUUUCUACUAUUAAGAGCAUUUUCCCACAGAAUUGUUUCUGAUGAAAGCAGCAAGUAUAACAGUACAGCAUACGGGUAAUCAAUUCUUCACCACUCUAUAUGCAAAGAAGUGGAUGUACAUGACAUUACAAAGAACAGCUUAUUUUUCUUUUCCAAAGUAAAACUUCUUCGAUAUAUCUUCAGUGUUCUAAAAAUCUAUAUAUUUAAAUGCAAAUGUGAGUUUUAUAAAAAUGUAAACACUUUUAUUAGAGAGCUUCCAAAUAUUGAGAAAUGACUCCAACUUCAAAACUUUAAAAUGCUGCAUUUUUAUUCAUGCAUAAUUCAUGCUCCCAGUGCUAGCAUCCGCAUUUCUUACAGGUGUUCAUGUUUAUGAAUGUGUCUCAUUGUCUCCAGAUUUCUUCCAAUCCAAAGUGCAUCUCCAGUUGAGUUAAUAAAAUAUCAAAUGCACUAUUUACAACUCACCUUUGAAACUUUUUUAUGGCAUGCAAAAAUCAGAAAUCAAGAACAUGGACUGCUCACAGAGCAGUUUUCCAACCUUGCAAGAAGUUUGAUUCAAAUUUUCUACCACAUAUAGCAUCCAGUGUUAUAAGGGUGAUAUUUAUCAAAACAUCAGAAUAUAAAAUACUGUGAGAAGGAUAAUGCAGUAGAAUAUCAGUAUCUAAGAAAUGUGAAAAGAGUAUUGGGGAAAUAGAUUUUUUUGCUACUUGCAAGAAGACAUUCCCUGGAAAUGUAAUGUUAUUUCCAACAGAAGCAAUUUGACUUUAGGUAAAUAACUUUGCAACCACUCUAAUGGCUCAUAAAUUAAAAUACUAUUUGAAAGCAGUCAUUUCUUAUAUUUCUUUUUAUAAAAUAGGGACUUGCAUUUGUACAUUCACCAUAAGAUAAGAAAAAAUGUUAUUUAUCCCAAAGUAAUAUUUAAAAUCUCACUAUUGAAAACAACAACUCAACUAUAUCUUAGAGCUCAGCAACUAGUUAUAUACUUUAAAUUCUAAGAAUAUUAAAUUUUUGGAUAUCUACUGUACCAAGUAGAUAUACAUAUACUAAGUAAUAUGGACUCAGUGACAACCCAGAAGAUAAUCCCAAUAUUUAACAGUAACUUCAAAAAUAUUUAUGUUUAAAAAUAGAUAUCCAUGCAAUAUAUCUGUUCUAACUUAAAUCAGAAUGCAUAAAAUAUCCAGCAGAAUAAUUAUUCUUCAGCCUUAUUGUAAAUCCAGUAUAAAGCUUCUCAUAUUGACAUAACCUUACAUUUCAUUGCAAAUUCCCUCAUUAUAUUUCUGCUUCAUAGUUCGUGGGGAUUAGUGGCAGUUAGGGGCAGAGAGACUGCUCAAAAUCCUUAAAUCAGCAAAACCUUUAUUUCCAUAUGUGCUGGACUGCAACUCCUGGAAACUGAACCAUAAUAAAAAUUACUAGCAAAGGUAAGAAAUACAGUGGUUGGAAAAAAUGUAGCUUGUAAACACUGGCUAUUCACAGCUUCCCCUUGGGGGGCUAUGGAGCUGCCAAAUCGUUUUCAAACACUUAAAGGAUUUGAAAAGCAGUUAAAGCUUUUCAACUAGCUAUAAACAACUUCUACUUCUGUCACUCCAUAUUUUCCCAGGUUUUUCCUUGAUCAUUACAUGAUGCUUCAAAACAAAACAAUCUGUUUCUGUAGAAGUCUAGUAGUCUAGUACUCUUUAGAAUUGUGUCUAUAAACCAGGAUCAUAUUCAAUCUUUUUGGAUGGCUUGUAUUUAAAGUCCCUACUACCCUUAUUGAAGUAUUUCUAAUAUAGAAGCUGUCCCCUACAAAAAUCAGUGGAGAGCUUUUGAAGGCUCCCAUACGGAGAUCUUGUUCAGAUAAUAAGAUAUUUAAAUUAAGUAGAUGAGCAUGUAGUUUUGUUAUUCCCGUAUAGGAACAUCCACACAAUGCUAGCAGAUAUGACACAGCUGAAAUUUUGAAGUGGCAACUGAAGUUCAAAUGGGAAGCCCUAAAAAAUCCUAGAUAACAUUAGGUGCUUAUGUAUAGGUAACUCACACGAAUUCAUGAUUCCUUAUACAUACGCACUCAGUGCCAGUAGCUGGUACUGUAAAUCACCUAGCAUUUGUAAACCACCUGCAUAAGAAAGGCUGAAUGUAUUACUUUAGUUGCUUAAGACUGAAACCGUGACUUUCAGGUGAGUGUCACAUAUAAUGAACAUAAAUAUGAGAGUACAAUUAAUAUAAUUAAUACUGGUAUGAUGUGUAUAAGUAUGGAAGAUGCUAACUUGAAGACAGUCCUUUUACCCUAAAAACUUGAUUUUAUUCAGAAAAACAAAACAAAA